AUGACAGUAGAUGUUGUUGAAAAUUCAAGUGUCGUUUUGACAUGCUCAUUAACUGGUAACGUAUCGGCAUGGAACUUACAUGCGAAUCAAGCAUCUCUCUCAGGCUCUUGUGAUGAUGGUGUGGUGUACCCGAAGACCCCCAUCAACCUUGCGAAAGUUCCAGUUGAAAACGCUGAAAUCACUUCACCAAGCGGCAAUAUUGUAACAUUAGUAGAAAAUUAUUAUAAUGUGUUUAUAUGUGUUACAUCAUACAGUAGACCAACUCCGUUUGUGAAAUGGUUUAUGCGACUUGAAGGAAAAAACAUCGAAAUUAAUCAAAUCAGUUCUUUCGUUGUCACAUCUGGCGAUAAAGGUUUUCAAUCUGCAAGAAGUCAACUAAAUAUCAGUGUCAAUAGAGAGAAACUGGGGACUGAAAUUUUCUGCAAUGGCUUCAAUGGCUUAGGAACAGAGGCUAUGUCUCGCACAGUAACCCUUAACGUACUAUAUCCGCCAAGCAUUAAUGCAAUACCCGAUAAGCGAGUAAUAGAAGGAUCAGACGUAGAGUUGACAUGUCCAAUCACUUAUGGUAACCCAGCUGCGACAAGUUUUAUAUGGACAAGGGAAUUAGACGACAAGCGUUGGUAUAAAGAGUCAUUUACGAUUCAUAACGUUUCCCGAAAUGACAGUAUGAACUAUACGUGCGUGGCUAAUAACACAAUGGUGAUGAAAGGAAAUAUAAGACAAAUCGGUUCAGCAAGCAGGAACACACAACUUAUGGUCUUGUAUUCUCCAGACAUUGGAAAAAUAGAUAACAUUUCCUCUGAAGAGGGAAAAAGUGUGGAGUUGUCAUGUCCAGUUAUAAAUGGGAAUCCUAACAAAACAAGCGUCCUUUGGACAAGAACAAAAGACGAACUGCUAUGGUUUGGUGCAGUCGUUACUCUGAAAAAUAUUUCAAGGACUGAUAGUACAACAUACACAUGUAGAGUUAACAACACUAUGAUAAGUACGGGUGGUUUCAUAGCAGAGGGGAUCAUAAGUAAAACUAUUGAACUUAAUGUGUUAUAUUGA